UGACCCUGAGACCACAGCCAGCACAAGAGGGACAACUCUGAAUAUUAUCGAGCAGCACAGCCGUGACUGGAUCCUAAUCGAGACCUGAAAAUGGCCGUCCACCGACUCGAGGCUGUAUUCGCUGCCAAAGGUGCUUCAAAGACACUCGAAGAGAGACGGCGAUGGCUUCCAUGGGGAUGCAGAUGGUGGGCUGCUGUCUGGCCAUCUUAGGCUGGAUUGGGGUGAUCGUUGUCUGUGCCGCACCCAUGUGGCGGGUCUCUGCCUUCAUAGGCAACAACAUAGUGACAUCGCAGAUCACAUGGGAGGGCAUCUGGAUGAGCUGCGUGGUCCAGAGCACAGGCCAGAUGCAAUGUAAAGUGUACGACUCCAUGUUGGCUCUGAGCACAGACCUCCAGGCUGCCCGUGCCCUGGUGGUGGUUUCCAUCGCCACAGGCAUCGCAGGGCUCCUCAUAGCUUUUGCUGGUGGAAAGUGCACCAAUUUCAUUUCAGAGGAGAAGGCCAAGGCGAGGGCUUCAGUGGCAGCAGGUGUGGUGCUGAUCAUCAGUGGAUUCCUCUGCCUUGUCCCUGUGUCCUGGACUGCCAGCAUUAUCGUGAGGGACUUCUACAACCCUGUGUUGGUAGACGCCCAGAAACGAGAGCUGGGGGCCUCGCUUUAUAUCGGCUGGGGCGCCGGGGCACUGCUGCUCUUGGGAGGGGGGCUUCUGUGUGCCAGCUGUCCCCGCAAUGAAGAUAACACCCCCUCGGUGAAGUACCUCCUAAACAAGCCCACAGGACCCAGCAAAGAGGAAUCAUUUCGAUCUUCAACACCAACAAAGACGUACAUUUGAGUUCUCUAAGGAAGCAAGAGGAAGUCUGUUCGUUUCUGUUCUUCAAGAGGGAAGAGAAUCCUGGAGUUUAAUCAGCUGCUGUGAAAUGUCAAGGAAAAGGACAUACACACAGACAACUCUCAAUGAAGGAGCCGUGGACAUUGUCCUGAUGAAGGAAUCAAACUUUGGAUGUAUGAAGAUGCUUUCUGUGUGAGACUGCUAUGAAUCUGAGUAUUAUCUUUGGUAAUGAACAUCUGUGUGGGGAUUGUUCAAAUUAAUGGAAACUCUGUGUUUUAAAUGUUUGGGAAAUGAUUGGUUUCAACACAAUGUGAUUGCACUUUGAAUCUUUUUGUUCUUUGAUGUUUGUGAUUUUAUUCUUCCACAAUAAAUGACCCACUGUGACAA